AUGGAUACAAUUCUGCCUUCUUACGAGUCCGCCGUGGACCGUGAUGCGUGGACCAUAAUUGCUCACUAUAUUGCUUCAAGCGACCUGUGUGCUGCAUCUCGUGUCUGUCGUCGAUGGCAUGCUAUAUUCGUGCCACUACUGUGGGGCCAUCCGACGGCACACUUCGGGGCUGAGAACGAUGUUGUCUACGUGGCACUCGCACGUUUUCUCCGAUGUUUAAAAUAUGCCAGAGUGGAGGUCAGAUCCCUCACUCGCACGCUGCGUUUGCCUCCGGCACUUUCGGAUAUCUUUGAUAGCCUUCAACCAGACUGGCUGAAAGAUGUUCUGGAGUAUCUACCGUGUCUGCAGUGCUUGAUGGUCUCCAAGUUAGCUUUCCUCGACCACAAUGCAAUGACUGCCUGGAAGAAGAUGGAGUCGAACUCAAGAGGAUAUAACCUUCGUCUUCUGUUGGCACAAAGCGAACCCAAUACAACCUCUGCCGGGCUGGCCGAGAUUCUCAUGCGUUUCCCUCGGCUGAUAUAUCUGGAUCUCUCCUACACUACACCGGCACGUGACCAUAGUGUCUUGUCUUGCUUGUCGCGCCUUGAGAAUCUGCAAGUCCUCAAGUUGCGUAGCAUUGGACUGAAGGAUGCCGACGCAGAAGUCCUGGCGAAUGCGAUGGGACUCCGCGUUCGUUUUUUGGACGUGCGAAACAACUGGCUCACGGAUGUCGGUAUCCGGGUCAUCUUGCAAGCGUGUUUUGUUCCGCUAGAUCAGCCAGCACAAUAUUGGGAGGGUCUGAGAGGAAGGAACCGUAUGUUACAUCAACGGGACCUGACACGAACCGAUUAUUAUGAAGCACUGCGUUUCGACUUUCUCAGAUCUUCAGACCUGGAUGAGCAGUACAUGAGAUAUCUAAUCCAGCCAGGCCCAAAUCAUCAUUGGAUCGAGGAUCUUCUCCAUACAGGAAUCACACAUCUCUAUGUUGCGGGAAAUCCCAUAACAACCAAAGGCGUUGCAAGUCUUCUUGCCUCGGCUCGGCUCCACGCCCUGGACGUUGGCACUGUGAAUGCGGCAGAUUUCCCAAAACUCGCAGUGGUGGAACGCGAUGCCUACCCCUGCGCGGAAAAUCUGAUCCCAAUACUAGGCGGGGACGCCGGAGAUGAGCUUACAAUGCUACGGAUCCACCAUGCCGUAGCCACUGCCAAAGUCCUAGUCACAAAGUCGACGUCUGUGGCAUGUCCGCUACCUCACCUAUCCUCACAACGAGAUACGAGGCAGCCUGCUGAGGGGGGUCCUCGCCGAAAGAUCGAUGAGCUCCCUGCCGAAAGCCAUCCAGUCACUGAGCCACCAGAUCAUAAGAGUCAACAGACCUUAUACCCGAGCAAGCUAAAUUUUACAGACUUGUCCCCAUCAAUUUCAGCAUGUGAAGUUAAGAUGGGGAGCACAUGUCUACCAACCACGCAAAAUGAUCCAUCGACAUCCCGACGCGAUUUGCGAGCGUAUAAGAUCGAAGAAUUGUUGUCGAAACGUCCGCGCAAAGAAAGCCCAACACUCUAUUUGCACCCGUCUCAUGUACCUCACCUGGAGACCCUGGUUCUCACAGACGUCCCUUCACACGUACCAGCGAAUUCUCCGAUUAUCAACUCAUUAAUUAGGUUCAUCACAGAUUGCUCCAACGAGGCUCUGCUGGCAAAAUUACAAGCCGGAUCCGACUAUUCAUUACCACCGGGACAAGCACGCGCCAAGGCAGAACAGCAACGUGCUCGAACUCUCUUUGGGCUCCAACGCAUAGUGCUGGAGAUCGCAUCCACGAACCGCUCGCACACAGCCUCUUCAUGGAAAUCGGGUGCUCAAGCCUCGAGCACCGGAGACCGUGAUUCCGAGGCCCUGUGGGCAGCAGCAGCAGAUGACUUUAGUUUCUUUGAAGAUAUGGAAUCCGGGACAUCACAAGAUGAGAGUGACAAUCGCUCGCCGUGGGCAGCACUCAAUGAGAAGCUUGCCCGUAUUCCGCUGGAUGAAAAUGCUUCCUCACAGGAAAGCACUAAAUCAACCGCGCGAGUUAGGCCAAUGUUUCAGCAAAGCGCGCGCCAUAUGAGCUCUGGCUCGUUGUCGCCAGCAGAUCAGGCCGCGGGCAAAACGCAAACGAGGAUGAGCAAUGAAAUAGAUCUUGUCGCAGAACUUGCGGCCUUUCGCCGUCUGAAGAGGAUGGAAUACGAGGACCGCGUCCGUGAAAGUCAAGAGUGGCACGGGUCCAGCAGCGGCAGACCGACGUCAAUGAUUCCUUCUGAAGUGACACAUCAGCUCGCAAUGGCGCAGUUUGUCGAGGGGUAUUGGGAGGGUCAAGUGAAGAUCUUGAGACAUCCAUAG